AUGCUCUGCGACAGCAGCCUCGAGACGCAGAGCCGAGCGCUCAGGCCAGUUCCGAGCGUCAAGUCGGCCUCGUCCUCAGUGCGCGUCACCUGCAGGCGAUACACGGCAUCGGCAGGCGGCGGAGGUGCCUCGGCCCCGGCCAGCCCGGGCAACGGUGCGGGGGCCCUGGCGCCGAUUGUGAGCGAGCUGGACCGCCUGGCGCCCAGCUUCGACGUCGACCACGAGAGCAUCCGAAUUCUCCAGACGCCGGCCGAAUUUUACGAGACGCUCAAGGAACGCAUACGCAAUGCCAAGCGGCGCAUCUUCCUUUCGACGCUGUACAUUGGAAAGUCAGAGCGCGAGUUGCUCGAGACGCUGCGCGACGCUCUGCGGCGCAACCCGGAGCUGCGGCUUAGCGUGCUGACGGACGCUCUCCGGGGUACGCGCGAGGCGCCGCAGCCGUCGUGCGCGUCGCUUCUGGCGCCCCUCGUCGCCGAGUUUGGGGCUGCCCGCGUCGAGGUGCGCAUGUAUCACACGCCCAACCUGACGGGCCUUCGCAAGCGGCACAUGCCCCGGCGCAUCAACGAGGGCUGGGGGCUGCAGCACAUGAAGCUCUACGGCGUCGACGACGACAUAAUCCUGUCGGGGGCCAACCUGUCGACCGACUACUUUACCAACCGCCAGGACCGCUACCACCUCUUCUCCUGCAAGCACGUCACCGACCACUUCUGGCGCAUCCAUAGCGCCGUCUGCUCGUGCAGCUUCCUCGUCGAGCCCUCGACUACCGACGCAGCCGGCUUCACCCUCGCCUGGCCCGCCGCCAACGCGGGGCCCUCGCCGCUGCGCGAUCCGCAGGCCUUUGUCGCGAGCUCGACGGCCCUGCUGUGCGGCCUGCUGUCUCCCCAUGGUGGUGACGGGCAAGGAGGCGGCGGCGGCAAAAGAGCGCCCCCGGGCCCUCUCGCCGACACGCGCGUGUACGUGCUUGGGCAAAUGUCGCAGCUCCUCCGCCCCAACACGUCGACGGAGCUGCCCGCCGUCACGCGCGUCCUCGAGAUGCUGGCGGCGCCCGCCUACCGCGGCUCGUCGUGGACCUUCACGGCCGGCUACUUCAACCCGGCCGUCUCCCUGACGCGCCUGCUGCUCGCCACGGCGUCGACGCGCAACACCGUCAUCACCGCCGCCCCCGAGGCAAACGGCUUCUACCGCUCCCCCGGCGUCUCGGGCCUGCUGCCGGACGCCUACGUGCUGCUGGCCCGGCGCUUCCUCGACGGCGUGCGCCGAGCCGGCCGCGGCGGCGACGACGGCGUCAUCCUCAAAGAGUGGCGCCGCGGCACCGUCGGCACGCCCGGCGGCUGGUCGUACCACGCAAAGGGGCUGUGGGUCACCAUGCCCGGCGACGCCCACCCGGCCCUCAGCAUCAUCGGUAGCUCAAACUACACCAAGCGCAGCUACUCGCUCGACCUCGAGGUCGGCGCCCUCGUCGUCACCCGCAGCGACCGCCUCCGCCGCCGCCUGGCCGACGAGCAGCAGUGGCUCCAGCACCACGCGCGCGCCGUGUCCAGGGACGACUUUGCCCGCAACGACCGACGCGUCGGGCUUCACGUGCGCGUCGCCAUGUGGAUUGUCCGGCUGCUGGGGGGCGCUCUGUAA